GCGCGCUGGACACCUGCGGUUUGAGGCUUGGACUUGUGGUGCAGGCAGCAAGCGGCGCAAGCACGUAGACGCGGACGGAUUCGCUUUGAUUACUUCCCUUCACCGCUGGGAUGGAAAAGCCGCAGAUCAUUGAGCAUGUGAACCAUAGCGUCAACUAUACGCUUUUUGGCGCCCGCUGGGUUCCUGCCAGCGCCCGCUGUGUGCUUUUUGGACAGCAUGCCCGCAACACGGGCGCGCUCCAGGUCAUGGCGCUCAAGGAUAGCAAACUAGAGCUUGAAGCUGAGGUGACACGGCCGCACGGUAUCAAGUGUGGCACCUUUAAGGCAUCAAGCUUUGAAGAACGCCAUCUGGCUGUGGGAGACUUUGACGGCGAACUCUCCUUGUGGGAUCUCGAACGUCUGGACAACCCCGUGUACUCGGCCAAACAGCAUGAUGGCAUGAUCUAUUGCAUUGACGGCGCUGGCGGCCUCAAUCAAGGCGGUGCCCCGGAAAUUGCCACGGGCGGCAAAGAUGGUUGCGUCAAAAUUUGGGACACCCGACAGCCCGAGGUGCCGGUUGUGGAUCUCGCGCCCGAAGACAGCGAGACCGCGCGAGACUGCUGGUCAGUUGCCUUUGGCCACUCCUUUGAUGAGGAGCGCUGCGUCGCCGCCGGCUAUGACAACGGUGACCUCAAGCUCUUUGAUCUUCGCGCCAUGAAACUUCGCUGGGAAACGACGCUGCCCAACGGCAUUUGCUCGCUGCAAUUUGACCGCCCGGAUAUUUCCAUGAAUAAGCUACUCGUAUCUGGUCUUGAGUCCACUUUCAAUGUCUUUGAUAUGCGCACCUUCAACGAGAAAGCCGGUGGAUAUGCGGCGGUCACAGAAAAGAGUCACAAGGCCACAAUCUGGGUUGGCGAGCAUUCGCCCCACGACCGGGACGUGUUUGUGACGGGUGGUGGCAAUGGUGCUGUCAAUCUGUGGAAAUACAACUACCCCAAGAAGCGCGUGGAAGAGGAUGAAGACGGUCAACCUCGUGGUGUUGCCGGCACCGUUCAAUUUGUCAACAGCAGUGUCGUCUCCACCCAGCCCGUCGCCUCUUUUGACUGGAGCUCAGACAUGCGAGGCUUGGCGAUCUGCACGUCCUUCGAUCAAGCGGCGCGCGUCCUGUAUGUGACCAACCUCAACUUGAUUUGA